UUUCCACCAUGGCCGCCAUUGCUAACACCUCCUUCUUCUUCCUCCUCCUCCUUUCUCUAUCCCUCCAACCCCAGCUUCAUGCCAGAAACACCAAGUUUUUCACCAACCUCAUUCAUUAUAACCUUUUCAAUACCUUAACAAUCUCCUCCUCUCCAUCUCCGGCACCGGCACCAGCUCCCACGGUGGUUCCAGGAGUAGUAGCAGAGCCAGUUCUGGCUCCGGCACCGGCACCAGCACCGGUUGAGCAAGAAUAUGGUUAUGGUCUUUACGGUCGAGGGUCGAGUGAGUUCUCCACGGAGGAAGACCAGACAUCAUCUACCCUAGAAGGUGGUUCCAAGAAUGGAACGCCGGUGGAGACGGAGGAAGAAGGCGGUCCUGCUGCGGAUCAGUACUUCACGCCGACGGAGAAGGAAGCUCCGGCCUUUGAAAAGUUGGUAAGUAGUGAGAGCUACUCUACUAACAGAAAUGGUUAUUCAAACAACAACGACAACGGCUUCUCGACCUCCAUGAAUCAGAACAAUGGCUACUCGACCUCCAUGAAUGGCUACGGCGACAAUGAGAAUGGCUACAUGAGAUCGGAAAACCAGAAUAUGUAUAGCAACAAUGGCGAUGAAUACUCAAGCUCAAUGAACCAAAACAACGGCUACAACCAGAAUACGUAUAGCAAUAAUGGCGAUGAAUACUCAAGCUCAAUGAACCAAAACAAUGGCUACACGAGCUUAAAAGAGGACAACAAUGGCUACAACCAGAACAUGUAUAGCAACAAUGGCGAAGAAUACUCAAACUCCAUGAAUCAAAACAAUGGCUACAUACCAGAAAGAAAUAACUACAAUGGCAAUGCCAACGGCUAUACGAGCUUGAAAGAGGACAACAAUGGCUACCAGGAGAAAGAAGACAACAACAAUGGGAAGGAUUCAUAUGAUGCAAACAACAGCAAUGGUGAAAGUAGUUAUGAGGAAGAAAUGAGUGAUAAUGGUGAAGGGUAUUAUAGGAAUAACAAUGAGUUUGAUACCAUGGAAGAGUACGAGAGACAAGUGGGGUAUCCAAAUAGUGAUCAAAGGGGUUAUGUGCCAUAAGAAUCACUAAACAUACAUAAUUAGUCCACAUAAUUAAGUUUAAGUAACACCAUUAUCACAUAGUUGAAGCAUGUUGGAAGGUUGAGAAACAACAAGAAAACUAAAAGCCAUUGAUGGCUUUGCGUUUUUGUCACUUUGAUCUCUUUAUUUGUAUUGUUGCGUUGGUUUUGUGUUUGAUCUUUUGAAGUAGUUGUGGUGGGGUAUGACAAAUAUGUACCUUGGAAGAUGAUUAUAUAAGUUUUAUUGUGCAAGUUUUGUAUUC